AUGGCAGGGAAGCUGGGACACAUGCUGACGAGGCUGCACCUCGCGAGGAGGAGCCGGUCGCCGUCGUCGUCGUCGGCGGCGGUGCCGGACGUGCCGCGGGGCCACCUGGCGGUGUACGUGGGCGAGGGGAGGAAGCGGCUGGUGAUCCCGACGGCGUGCCUGAGCCACCCGGGCUUCGUGACGCUGCUGAAGCGGGUGGAGGACGAGUUCGGCUUCCACCACCGCUGCGGCGGCCUCACCAUCCCCUGCGCCUCCGAGACCGACUUCGCCCACAUCGUCGGCGCCGCCGUGGACGAGCACCACCGCUGA